GCGGGAGGAAAAGUCCAGAAGACAAGUUCGAGGAAGGUUACGGAGCAGAUGGGUGAUCUCUAACACAGAUUUGUAAACAAUACUUGAGAGAAACAGGCUUUCUGUUCAGCUCAUGAUGUGUGUGGGUGUCCUACUAUGCAUGGCGCUGUUGUGAACACAGCACAAGAGACACUAGGUGGCAGAAGAGCACCGUGUGUUAUGUAGUCCGCUAUGAUCCGUAGAAGAAGACGAGCAGGUCGCAGCCUGGUGACGCACAAAGAAGACUUGAGUGUGGCUGAUGCGGGAAACGAAAGCAGCGAACUGGCUUUAUUUUCAUAAAUGUCACAACCUAUAACUGUACUUUGAAAACGCUCUAAAUUGAGUGGAUACUGUGUAAAGUUUCAGAUCAAAGAUGGACGCUAACAGAAGAUAAAGCUCCGGGACAACAACAGCUACUUUUUGGUGUCUUUACGUUUUAAUAUCUUGCCGUUAUGGCAUCAGAGGAGGAAACCAAUCUGCUGGUCAUCGUCGUGGAUGUAAAUCCGAUAUGGUGGGGGCAGCAAGCUCAACGUGAGCCAGAGUUCUCCCUGUCCAAGUGUCUGGAUGCAGUCAUGGUGAUGGGGAACUCCCACCUGGCCAUGACCAGGACAAACAAGCUGGCUGUUGUGGCCAGCCACUGUCAAGACAGUCACUUCCUGUAUCCCAGCAAGUGCUGGAGAGGUGGUGACAGCGGUGGGGACGAGGCAUCCUCCAGCGGGGAUGGGAAAUAUGAACUCCUGUCAGUCGCCAAUAACCUCAUUGCUGAAGAGAUUAGAAAUGUUAUGUCAAAAACUGAAGUGAGGGGAAAUUCAACAGAUACUUUGUUGGCUGGAUCCCUUGCCAAAGCUCUCUGCUAUAUUCACAGGGUCUCAAAAGAGCUGGAAGUUGGACAGGAGAUAAAAUCAAGAAUAUUGGUGAUAAAAGCCGCAGAGGACUGUGCCCUCCAGUACAUGAACUUCAUGAAUGUGAUUUUUGCUGCCCAGAAGCAGAACAUCCUGAUAGAUGCCUGUGUACUGGAUGCAGACUCAGGUCUCCUUCAGCAGGCUUGCGAUAUAACUGGAGGAUUGUACCUCAAGAUACCACAGAAAGUUGCCCUGGCACAAUACCUUUUGUGGGUGUUCCUGCCAGACUCUGAGCAGCGUUCACAGCUGGUUCUGCCGCCACCUGCACAUGUGGACUACAGAGCUGCAUGCUUCUGCCAUCGUAACCUCAUUGAGAUUGGUUAUGUGUGCUCCGUUUGUCUGUCAAUAUUCUGCAACUUCAGUCCCAUCUGUACAACUUGCGAGACGGCCUUCAAAAUCCAACUACCACAGAUGGUCAAGCCCAAGAAGAAGAAACUCAAGCCAUCUACAUGAUUUUUGCUGGGAUUAUACUAAUUUUGUGAAUAUAGUUUACUUUUUUUUUGUAUAUAUAUAUGCCAUCUUGUUUGGUAUAUAUUUGUAGAAAUGCCUUUGAGGCAGUAGGGCCAUAUGAACAUGUUGACUAACAGUGACUGUCAUGUACAAUGGAGGCUGAUACUUUACUUAACUGCUCUCAAAAUAAUACUUUCUGCAUUUUUGUGAUGUAAUUUUUUUUAUAUAAGUAAAGCACACAUUAUGUUCUUA